AAAUAACUACCAUGCUGAAACUCAACCCUAAACUAGGGGCGGCGAUGUUUCACUCUCCAUAUAGCCGACGCUGAAGGAGCUUGGACGAGCGCCCGCGGUUAUGAAGAAAGCGGCGCACGGAUCUCUUUGCAUUUUGGCAAUCUAGGGUCUGAUUUUCCACGCGGCGACUGAGGACAGCGACGAACUAUGGUGGCUAUGCGACUCGGAGGAACGAGCAACGGAGGGCUGAGUUGUCGUUUUGUCUCCUUCACCGGCUCGAAAAAGGUGUGCUCCCAUUGUUGUCAAACUUCUUGGUUGGUUGCUACACUUGAAUAUUUCCAAUGUUUAGCCAGUUUUGGACCCUCGCUGGAGGGAAAUGCUAAGAGAUGCCUAGAUUUUCGACACAAAUAUCUUGCCCAGUUGCUCCAGCAAACUGGGAUUCGAGAGUGCUGGAAUAGCAAGCUAUUUCUCGGGAAUAAAUUUGAACGACCAAGUGAUGAACUUUUUUGGUUCAAGGAGUCAAAGUUACUGUAGAUAUUGUUGUGGGUUUAAGAUAUACCCACCACUGGACUUCUUUGAAUAAUCUACGCUCUUAUUUUUUGUUUACUUGUUUAGGAAACGGUAAAUAAACUGUCGUUAUGUAACUCAAUCUACGCCUAAGUGUUUUUGGUUUGCAUAGAAUGUUUGAAAAUAACCUUUAAUCUUUAAAAUCUUACAAGGGUAUCCUAAUCUUUUAAAUUCCCUGAAACAAUAUACGGCUUCCAAUUGUAUCCUUAAA